AUGGCUGGCGUCGCAUACUACACCAUUGCUGGCCGUCAGCUCGCCAUGGGCGUCCUCGGCUCCUUGUUCGGUGGCAUCUACUACGCCGCGUCUGGUCCUUCCAAGCCUGUUGCCGCUGCCAACACCCCUCCCCUGAACGCCUCGAGCUCCGAUGAGGCCGACUUCAUCAAGAAGUUCCUCGAGGAGCAGGAUAGCGGAAAGAAGCACUAA